UCCAUUCUUUACCGCACGCGUGUUUAUGUCGGUCCUACAGGUGGAUGCGCGGUCGUGCGUCCGUCCGUCCGUCCGUCCGUCCGUCCGCCCAUCUUCGUACUCGCUCGGUCCGGUUCGUCUGAGCAACCGCCCCCGCUUUCUUCGCGCGAACGGUAAAUAGAGCGGGGCCAGUUUAUUCGGACCGGAUUAAUUGACAGUGCUGUGGGGAUUUCCCGGGUCACGAAUGCAUCGUAGUCAAACGACGCGACGCGACGUACCGCGCCGCGCGUUUUAGCGUACUUUGAAACAGCGAUACGUUGGUGUGGAGAGAUAGAGCGGGACAGAAGAACAUGAACUCGAUCGCGACGAGGAUGCCGCGCGGCCGACAUCCUUGCGUCGUGGACUCCGCGAUCGAGCCCCAGGAUCCGACACCUGCCACAAAAUACGUUGUGUGAGUCGCCGGUCGAUUUCGAAUUUCCGAGCAGAGCGCCGAGCGUCUCUGUUCGCGUCAUUGUUAAAAUGGACCUGCCGGGCGCAAUGUUGCAAUCGCGAUUAUGUGACUCGUAGUCGACGAGUAGUCUUCACCGAAGCGACGUCCCGCGACGAAUAUUGCAUCGCGAUGACGCGCGUCUACACGUCUCGUUCAUAAAGCGACACUCGCUUCGCGAUCGUUACGUCCUGACGUAACUCGUCUCGUCGUCGUCACAGGUUUUUUUUUUUUUUUAUUCGAAAGUUGAUUGCACAUAUUCGCAUCAUCAUCGAAGACACCCGGAACAAGAAUCGUUUCGCGCGAAUUUUCAUCAUAAGAGUAGUCCCAAUGAUACUUUAUCGAGAAGACAUUUCGGACAUUGCCUGGAGUACUUCUUGGCGCGAACGUGAAGAUAUUCGUAUUGGAAAGACAUUAUGCAACAGAAAAUAUUGGCGCCAAGUGCAUAUGUCAAUAAAACAUGGAGAGUGCUCGUUCUACAGAAGGCAAUUACUAUUAAAGGUAAAGGAAAAAGGGACGAUGUUGUCGUAUAUGUUGCCGACGGAGGACAAGCCACCACCCGGCGAGCACAGCGGCCAACAGAACAAUUAUCGCACGACCGGCAAGCUGCAGAAGAGCAAUGCCGUGGUGAGCACGUCACCCAGGAAAUGCGUGGACGCGACUAGAACGAUGAUCGUCUCCACCAGGAUCGAGGAUCAUCCGGCCGGCGGCGAUCCUGUCGCCCGGCACGGUUCUCCUCGGCCGAUCGAAAGUCCGAAACACAACGGCACGAGCACCACGAGAAAAUCGACCCUGCACAAUGCCAAUAGGGUCACCAAGGACGACAGCCUCUACAGCAUCGACAGUGUGGCCAGCACCGCCGGCAGCGAGCGCAAGAACAAGAUUCUGAACGGCGCGAAGCACGCUAGCCUGAAGAGGGUAUCCUUCGGCUCGAGCAAAGGCUCGAUGGUGGAAACCCUCGUUUACGAGACCCCAGUGCAAGAGGAACCUGAGAUCAAUCACUUUCUGGACCACAACGGCCGUCUACCUCCUCCUAUGAUACCUGUGCCUGAUACUGACGAAGGUAGAGAAAAAGUACGCGUCUCGUUGUUGGGUCCGCAACCAUCGCCGGCGACGCCAGGCGUUCUUUUGCUGGAACCGAUCACGCAUUCGACAGGACAUCCGAUAAACAUGGCCAACAAUCCCACGGAACUUUUGACCACACACACCGAACAUACCACGCCCGCCUACCAUGCGCAAAUCAGCACGGAUAGCGGCUGGGACAACCCGUUCAGGCCGGAUGGCGAUCUCUCCCGGGAAGCCGACGAGAUUGUCGAGCUGAUAAAGGGCGGAAAGCCAAUCACGCCGACUCCAGGUCAAACGGCGCCGCCCUUGCCAGGAUGCGACGGCAAAUCGACUGGUGGUGAUUCGAGUACCAGUCCGCUUCUGAAAUCUGCGAAUUGUCACGCCAACUCGUCGCCGAGGCCCGGUCAGGAAAAUGGUAGCGCACACGGUGGCACUCCUUCGAAGGCCACCGGCAACCAGCCUGUCAAUGAAAAGGUUGGCGCAUCCCGGACUGCGACGGUAGAAGUCGCGAGGAUGACGGCGCAGGGCCCGGGCGACGCGUCACAAGUCGAGCAUGUCACUCUGAAGAAGAAGCCUAAGUGCAAAUGCUGCGUGUUGCAGUAAUGACCGCGUGACGGAGGCGGCGGAGACGCGCAUUUGAGGAUGGACCUUCCUCCAUUAUCGGAAACGUGAUGUCAGCUUUGAAGCUACUGAAGAAAUCACGGUUACACGGCUCGAAUCGUCAAGAGCGCGUUAAAGAAGAAAUGCUUCAAAAAGGAUGCCGAAACACGUCGAGAAAAGCGUUGAUACUUCAAACAUCCUCGAAGAGGAUAAGAUUGACUGACUUUUCGGAGAAAAAAAGAGAGUUUCGUCUUUGAAGAAAUCUAGAGAAAAAUAUUUGAAAUGAAGAAAAUGUGUAGUUGUGGAUAUUAAAGAGUGUUCUCGGAUUAUCGGGAACUUGACGAUAGUCAAGUCAAACGAGAUAUGUAUCGAAUAAGCUUCUUUUAAUCACAAAGAAGUUUAAAGAAAAACAGGAAGGAAUAUUUCAUUGGAAACGAAAAGAGGGCAAGCUUGGACUAGCAUUUGAAAAAAAUGAGCCAAAAACUGUCGAUGUUUGUUGCGGAGAUUGCAAUCUCUCUUAAGAUAUUUUGGAAACUAAGAUUGAAGCUUGCGGAA